AUGAGAAUUGAAGCUGCUUGGAAAAAAAACCUAGCUAGAAAGCUGGCUAAUCCUUGGUGGACCGGAACCCAGGUGGGGUUAUCUGGGGUUGACCCAGGAAACCAUUCACCUGGCUUAAGCAGCAAGGGGCACACCGACAGAGCCCCCACAGUUGAAGAUGAAGAUAAUAGGGAUAACGGAUCAGAUGAACCAAGAGAAGGUGCAGUCGAAGUUGGAACCCGAAGACCCAGAGGUAGGCCUCCGGGUUCCAAGAACAAGCCUAAACCACCCAUCUUCGUCACAAGGGAUAGCCCCAAUGCCCUCCGGAGCCACGUCAUGGAGAUAGCAGGUGGUGCUGACGUGGCGGAGAGCGUCGCGCAGUUCGCCAGGAGGCGACAACGCGGAGUUUGUGUGCUCAGUGGGAGUGGAUCGGUUGCCAAUGUUACCAUCCGACAACCUACGGCGCCAGGCGCGGUAGUCCUUCAUGGAAGGUUCGAGAUCUUAUCUUUAACAGGAGCGUUUUUACCUGGCCCUGCCCCUCCUGGGUCCACGGGUUUAACCGUGUACCUGGCCGGCGGACAAGGUCAGGUUAUUGGAGGGAGUGUUGUUGGGUCACUCGUGGCUGUUGGGCCUGUUAUGGUCAUUGCGGCCACAUUUGCUAAUGCUACCUAUGAGAGGCUCCCACUUGAUGAGGAAGAUGAAGGGCCUAGCGGUGGUGGUGGUGGUGGUAGCAGUGGUGGUACUGGAGGAGGUGCAGGUGGUGGUGGAUCUCCACCACCACAGCCUCUUCCAGGGAUCGGAGGUAGUGGAGGCCAUCAUUCGCUACACGCGGGUGGUGGCCUUCCCGAUCCAACAUCACUCCCUUUGUAUAACAUGCCACCUAAUUUGAUGCCUAAUGGAGGGCAGGUAGGGCAUGAGGCUUAUCCUUGGCCUCAUGGACGACCACCUUAUUGAAUUGGAUUAUAAUUUGUGAUGAAUUGAAGGAGAGAAGCUAAGGUGUUAGAGAUGUGUGAUCAAAUCAAGGUUACCUUCAAAUGAUUUCGUUGUUCGUCUCUUUUGUUGUUUCUAGCUUGAAGACUUUGUUUGAAGGAUAGGAAUUAAUUAAUGGGCAAAGAUUUGAAAGGUUAGAGUACUAAUUAUAUAUAGUUGUGAAGAACUGUGAGAUGGAGGCAAGUAAUGUUUAUUUUAUCAAUGUAUAUGGAUCAUGAAGCUUCUUUUUUUUC